AUGACGUCAUAUGCGCUGCUGUCGCUGACAGUUCUACUGAUGGUUGCCCAGCUAAAAGCCCAACUGAUUGCAGGCUUUGGGAAUAGUGGGCCCAGCACACCUGAUGAGUUGCCCCAGCAUCCGUAUUGCGGCACCUCGUUUUCGUUCAAGGUGUACGGAGGUCACGUGACGAACCUUUUGGAGUUUCCCUGGACCACAUUGCUGGAGUACACAGUGGUCGGCAGUGGCCAGAAGCAGCACAAGUGCGGCGCCUCGUUUAUCGCACAGCGCUGGCUGCUGACAGCAGCCCAUUGCGUGCACAAGGACUUUGUGGGCGCGAAUCGAAGACUGACCGGUGCCCGGCUGGGCGAUUGGAAUAAGACAAGCAAUCCGGACUGCGUAACCGCGUGGAAUGGCAAGCGGGAGUGUGCGCCGCCCCACAUACAGGCCAGCAUUGAUCUGCAGCUGAUGCAUCCGCAGUUCGACGUGGCCAACUUGACCCACGACAUUGCACUGCUGCGUCUCGCGCAGCCCGUCGACUGGAGCCAGCUGAUGCACGUGGAGCCGGUUUGCCUGCCGCCAGCACGUGGAGCCAGCGCCGAUCAGCUGGUGGGCAGCGCCGCGGACGUCUCCGGCUGGGGCCUGACCGAGCACAAUAACCAGCCGAGCGAGGUGAAGCGCAAGGCCGUGCUCUACGUGCAGCCACAGGAGCCGUGCCGCGCGUCCUUAAGCAAACACAACUACACACUUACCGAUGGCCAGCUGUGUGCCUCCGGCGGCAUCAACGUCGACUCCUGUGCCGGCGACUCGGGCGGUCCGCUUACCGUCGAGGCAUACACGCCCCAGAGGGACCGCUUCGUCUAUGUGGCCGGCAUUGUGUCCUAUGGCAAAAGGAUCUGCGGAGAGUCCGACUUUCCGGGCGUCUACACCAGAGUCAGCAGCUACGUCGACUGGAUCGAGCAGACCAUUGAAAGUAAUCGCAAUGCCUCAGCAAAGGCCAGCUCCUAGCUCAUCGAAUAUAUUGUUAUUGGCUUGGCCUAAUACUCAGGUAUAUUCAAAGAGCUGAAAGUAUGGUUUGUGAACGAGUAUUGCACAGUCUGGCAUACCCGACUGUUGUAUUUAUACAUAUUUUCUGCAGCUUAUAGAUUGUAUAGAGCUAAGAUCGAACCGACAAUCCACAAUUUUUUUUUUUACUGUCUUAAGUUCUCAAUAUUUGUGUAUACUAGCCGAAUGUGAUACACUUGAAUAUACCCUGCACUAGCAGCAGCAGCUAGUAUAUACCAUAUAUACAUAUCUAGAUGUUAUUUCGAUUAUUUGAGUAGGUAAAUGUGAAGUCGACAUUUGGCCCUUCCAUAGCCAAUUUCAAUGAGCUGAGUGAAAAUUAUGUCACCAACACGAAAAACGAACAAACAGAACCAAAAUGCGACAAAAACUGGACAUGUUUCGAUUUCUGCGCAUUGCCGUUUGUCACGAUUGAUAGAUCUAGAGAUUGCGUUGAACACACACGACAGAGUGUAAUUAACAGGAGUGUGACGUCAUAAGUUCGAUUUACGGUUUAUUAAAAUAUUCUCAUAGCGGCCCCAUCGCAGCUGCGAAUC